AUGUGUCGGUGCCAGUGCCAGGGUAUCAGUGCCGGUGACAUGGUGUUGGUGACGGUGUCAGUGCUGGUGCUGGGAUGUCGGUGCUGGGAUGUCGGUGCUGGUGACAGGAUGUUGGUGACAGCGUUGGGGCCGUUGAGGCAGUAUCGGUGCCUGUGGUGGGGUGAUUGUGAUGGUGCCAGGGUGUGGGUGCUGGUGAUAGGGUGCAAGUGCCUGUGAGAGGGUGAUGGUAUUGGGGUGUCAGUGCCGGGGUGUCAGUGACAGUGUUGGUGCCGGUGCUGGUGGGGUGUGGCUGAGGUGGGGGGCUGGUGCCAGUGUCACCCUGACACUGUCCCCCAGCAGGACGGUAACAAUGGCAUCGGACGAGCGGCUGGCCCGCUUCCGCCAGGCCCACCUCAACCCCUUCAACAAGACCCCCGAGCAGCCAGAGCGCCCCGACGGAGAAUCCCCUGUCCCAGCCCAGCAGCCGGAUCCCACCCCAGGGGACCCUGAGGGCGCCCUGGACCUGGGGCUGGCUGAGGACCACUUCUCCCGCCCUGUGGGGCUGAUCCUGGCAUCGGACGUGCCACAGCUGCGCCGGGCCAUUGAGGAGUGCAAGCGGGUGAUUCUGGCACUGCCCGAGCACUCGGAGCGGCAGAAGGAUGCCGUGGUCCGGCUCAUCCACCUCCGCCUCAAGCUGCAGGAGCUGAAGCCCACCAUGUCCCUGGGUGCUGGUGAGUGUCCCAGGGGCACACAUGGUGUGGGACAAACAGGGAGCAGGGUGGUGCUGGUGCCAGCCCUGUGCCAGCCCCGUGCCACCACAGGGGGGGUGCCCAGCGAGGCUCGACAGUGCGACUACACCGGCCUCUACUACUGCUCCAGCUGCCACUGGAACGACCUGGCUGUGGUGCCCGCCCGUGCCAUCCACAACUGGGACUUCGAGCCCCGCAAGGUGUCACGGUGCAGUAUGAGGUACCUGGCACUGAUGGUGUCACGGCCGGUGCUGAAGCUGCGGGAGAUCAACCCACUGCUGUUCAACUACGUGGAGGAGCUGGUAGAGAUCCGGAAGCUGCGCCAGGACAUCCUGCUGAUGAAGCCCUACUUCAUCACCUGCAAGGAGGCGAUGGAGGCGCGGCUGCUGCUGCAGCUGCAGGACCGGCAGCACUUCGUGGAGAAUGAUGAGAUGUACUCGCUGCAGGACCUGAUCGACAUCGAGGCCGGGCGCCUGGGCUGCUCCCUCACCGAGAUCCACACACUCUUUGCCAAGCACAUCAAGCUGGACUGCGAGCGCUGCCAGGCCAAGGGAUUCGUGUGUGAGCUGUGCCGGGAGGGUGACGUGCUCUUCCCCUUCGACAGCCACACCUCGGUCUGUGCCGACUGCUCUGCCGUGUUCCACAGGGACUGCUACUAUGACAAUUCCACCACCUGUCCCCGGUGUGCCCGGCUGAGCCUGCGGAAGCAAUCCCUGUUCCAAGACUCUGGCACGGAGGGAGAGCCCUGAGGAGGGUUUGACCUCAUGGAGGGGCUCAGCCCCACAGCUGUUCCCCACCCACUACAGGACCCUGGGACAGACACAAUCAGCUCCAUGCCGGUUUGGGUACUGGGGUGGCCCUGGCUCCGGGACCCUCUGCCUGUGGGAACGGCAGUGCUGCCAGGGGGCACAGCUGGACCCCAGCUGUUCCUGGGAAAAUGGGGACCCCUGCCGGAGGAGCCGGGAUCUGGUUAACUGGGAUCUAGUUAAGGCGCCACAGCGGCUCCUGCCGUCCCUGUGUGGAACCGGGGUGCGGGCAGGGAUGGGGUGCAGGCAGGGAUCGGUGCUCCGUUGUCGCGGGGCAGUGGGUGCUGCCAGGAGGGCUAGCCCCGGGACCGGACAG